AUCUACGGUCAUAUUUCCUCCAAACAAAUUGCUCGGGAUAGCCUUAAAUGUACUUUGCACGAGUUGAGGGACGAAAAAAGUACUUUUCUCUUUUCUUUUCCAGCACAUGUAAUUUUUUAACUGUUAACCCUAAAUAAAUUUUCCUCCCCUCGAUCGGCCCUUCCUCUCCGUCUCCACCCCAAUCGACGCGAAACCUCCGCCCGCCGUUGUCUCCCCACGGAGCGAAAUCGGCCCCUCUGCAGAUCGAUUAGCGCCGGAGCUUCGAUCCCCGACGCAAAAUGCUGCACGAGAAGCCUGUCCACCAGUAUGAUCCGCCGGCCGGCGCCGGCGACGACGGAGACGGGGACGGAAAAGAGGCGUGGACGGGGCAGAAGAGGCGCAAGCACGAGACCACGCCAUCGGACCCAUCAGAUGAGAUGUCGGAGAACGACACCGUCAGCGACGAAGAGUUCGAAGGGUAUCUUGCAGUUCUGGCCACCAGGAAGCCUCCUUUGUCCGUCACUGGCCACAGGUUGGACGCGGAACAGCAACGCAAGGUCCGUGAGCGCCUUGCGUUCUGCCGCAUCAGAGCCUCCAGGUUGGCGGAAGGAGUGUCUGUAGAUGAGCUGGAUGAUGCGACACUGAGAAAGGAAUUCUCUCCACAAGCUCUUAAAGAUUUGGAUUACUUUGAUCAAUAUGAGAAAGCAGACUCUGUUGAUUGGUACUUCCGCCAUGACCACCUCUCCGACUUGGGUGACUACCAGCGCCUCGUCCUUAAGGGACUUUUAAUUGGUGGUUCGAGGUUCCUCGACUAGGAGAAGUACUCAUGGUUUACUAGCUAUGAAAUGGAUGAAGAGUAUCUAAAGCUCUUUGAAGAAUCAUCAAAGAAACUCAAGUGGAUUAAACGUUAUCUUGUUACAUGUAAACAUUCAUCUCCUGAGGUAUGUAGGCCCUAGAAAGUGAAGUUACAAACAUAGUAUAACUAUAAUACCAUUCUACGUUCUUUGCUUUUCCGUUGCUGGUGAAGCAAAAUAUAGCAUUUCGCCAAGCAGUGAAGAUCGCGACAGGCUUUUGUCACAUGAACUAUGAUACUACUUUCCUUGCCUAUGCGGAGCACAUGUGGAACGUGGUCUUUAAUUAUGUGAGCCGUGAAGACCAUGAUCUUCUCUAUUUUGAGACUUGGAAGCGUGUCACUGAGCAAAAGAUUUCUUUCGAAGAAGCUUUGAAGGCAGUUCAUCAAGAGGAUGUGUUCCCUCGAUUUAAAGACAUGAUCCAAUUUGCACUGGAUCAUAAAGAACUUUCGGAUCUGGAAUCAAACUUUCUUACUUGCGUGGAAUGCAUCCCUGACAAGGCUAAAGAGAAUAGAGUAUGCGAGUUGAUUAAAUGGGCUGUUUGGAAUAAGCUUUUUAAACUGAUGAUGUUUCAUGAGUAUAUUAUCCGGAAAAUGGAGAUUGUUAAACACAUUGGCUUGGAUCCCCAAGCUUGACGGCACUCGGAGUAUAAGAUAUGGAUUGAUGUAAGCUGUUGCUCUUUGUGAAAACUUGUGCUUCCUGUCGUCACAUCCGAUUUAGGAUGUAUCAGUCGUCAAUGUAGUAUUGCGAUAGGUAAUGCAGCUAUGCAGUUAAACUAUCGAGACUGGAUGUUAUUAUCAUGUAUUAAUUCUUAUUGCUUCCUUGUCUGUAUCCUAUUGAACAUGAGCUCUUAGAAUAUCUUGUUGAAGACUAUAGCCGUAAUUCAAAUGAUGCCACCAGUCAGGGAGAUGAAUUGAGAUCAGUUGAGUUA